CCAAAAGCCCUUUCAUCUCAAAUUUUGGAGAGGGGCGGGGAUGAGAUGAAUGUGUGUGUAUGUGCGUGUGUGUAAAGGGGAGGAGGAGGAGGGAACGUAUACCGAGCCCAGUGCACAUUUGGGUAUGUCGUUAUAGGGGUUUAAGGCACAUCGGGUUAUACAUAGUUACAAUGGCGCCGGGAGCAGCCUGAUGCGCGCAUGGACUGUAUUGUGUGUAGAUUUGACAGUUCAGUGAUCUGCUCUUUCACUGAGCUGCAUCACCCAAAAGGUCCUCUUAAUUAGGUCACAUGUCUUUCUCAAUAUAGAUGGUUGCUGUCUUCUGACCAAAAAAAAGAAAAGAAAUUUGAUGGGCUACUAUGAAUAUUAAUCGUUGUGGGAAUUGUCGUUUAAAGCACAGGCCUCUCAGCCCACCGGUUUAAAAUAGACUUUUACGCACACGCAACAGUGUAUGACCAAUUUAUGCAGAUGUGGUGUAAAUGUAGCCUAUAUGUUCAUGUUCAUUUUUAAUGUUUGACCAUAAAAUACUCAUUCCUUUGAUCACAUAACAAUGUUUUAUUUCGGUUUUAAUUAUAUAGGUGUAAAGUGUGUUUUAGGGCUGUGACCCACAUGACCUUGUUGGCCUUCUGUGCGCAAAAGCUUACAGGGAAAAGGCGCAAAUGAGACAUCAAUAGAAAGAGGGAAUAAUAUAAAAAGGGUAAUAUAAUAAUAAUAAAGGAUUAACUAUUACAAUAUAUGUUUUUCAAAGAUAUUAAGCAAAUAUAAAGACAGCAAAUAUUGUAUUAGAGUAACAGGAAGUGGGACAAUAUCCUGUAUAUUACAUCGAUAUAACAUUCUGAUAGUUGUAAUGCGUAUAUAACUACUACAGACCCUCCAGUAUUAGAGAUAUAUGGAUUUUCACUUCUUUGUCCUGACUGGAUUCAGAGGUUGCAAGUAUCUGAGGUCGUGUACAGUCAGGAAAAACAAAGAUUAUCAAUCAGGAAGAUGAUUCACUCAAACAUGUAAAAAAAAUUCUGCAGAGGUGAGUCAUGUAGUAGGGCAGGUUUAGGGUUUGGUACAUUUGAUUUAAAUACCUGUUUGUCUGGUUGCAGCAAUACAUGCUGAUCUCAUUGGCCUAUUGUUUGAAUGUAUAACUAUAAAGUGUUUGUUUGUGAGACAAUGGUGUUGGUGGUGGUUUGAACUUUUGUCAGAUUCAGGCAGACACUGCUCUUCAGUGGAUUGUUCCAUUAUAAAUGCAUUAUAAGGCCAACAGGACAUCAUCCGAGUGGAGUGGCAGAUCAGAGGCUCCCAAAAUAAUGGAGAAAACAUUUCUAUUUGGAUUUGUUUAUAGUAGGGUUGAAGGUUUACAGUUUCUUUAGCAUAUGGAAUAGUACGACGUAAAUUUAGGCUAAACAGGUGAUGUUUCUACACAGUAUCAGGAUGUAUCCUCCGUGAGGUGUUACUAAAGCUACUAAACAGAUUGUCAUUACCUUGGUAUUUGUGAAUGAGCCUGCCCACUAAAUGUAAAGUGCUACGUCACCGUGUUUCAUUCCACAGAUUAAUUCUUUCUAAAUAGUGUUUCCUUGAGAGUUAAAAUCUGGUGCCUAGAAUGUGCAGGAGCCAACAGAGGUACUGUUGCUAUGGUUACUUUACGCACCUUGUUCACUGAUUUAAGGUGAUAAACUGUUGAUCAGAUCUUUUCUGGUAACAAUCUGUGACUGUGGCGUGACAGAGCAUCUUGUUGACGGUUAAAUAGGCAUUUUUUUAUUACAAUAACACGUCUAUAAAAUAAGAUUUUAUAUAUAUAUGAUAAAUGUAGACGUUUAAAUCCACCAUGCCUUGGUGUAAGCUGGCACAAGUUUCUUUACUGCAAAAUCAGAAAAUACAACCAUUAUUUAUAAUUGUUUUUCAGUCCUGUAAACAGAUGAGCUACCAGCUUCAUGCAUUACAACGCUGUGGGCCUUAGAUAGUGGGAAAUGUGCUGCAUGUGACUGCUUCACACCAUAAAACAGAAAAUGCUGCUGCUCCUCGUGAUUGCAAACAGCUUCAUGAGCUCUCAUCAGAGUGACAGAUGAGAGGCAAGUGGGCAGAUGGCUGAAUUAUUUUCCUGCAUGUUUAUCUUAUAUUAAAGAGAACGAGAAACCCUCACUGCAAGCAGAAAGAGGGUGUGUGGACCAGGAAUAAGUGUUAGAGUGAGAGCUCUGCUCUCUGUGGUGUAACCGGAUCAGGGCAGAGCAGAGGGACGUACAGGAGGCUUGUUUGCUUCCAAACGAGCCAAUGAGAGCAGCUUUACAUUAGACUGACAGGCUGCCUCGACGAGCCGGGAGACGCUUUUCAGGUUCAACCCCUGCACCUCAGCCAAUACGGAGCCACGACGCACGGGAGCGGAGGGAAACAAGGAAUACGAAUUUGACUUCCUGUAGGUCAAAGCCGUUACCUGGCACCUGCAGCGGAGCCUGUGCGGACAGGUGAGAACACAGCAGCCACAGAAAUGGCCCUGUCGCAGUGUUUGGACGAUUGUCCUCUGAGCCUGACUCCAAAACGCACCGGGACCGGAGACCGGAACCCGCAGGAGGUCUACAACGAGAGGCACAGGCUGGCCCUGGAGGAGCUGCUGUCAGGAGGAGUCGACUACUUCCUGGGAUUCCUCGCCAAGGAGCGGAUCCCCAACUUUCUGUCGGACGAUGAGAUCCAGCGGAUCCGGAGCACUGCCGUGCUGUCCCGGUGCGCGUCCGUGCACGGGGAGGAGCACUCGCUGGAGCAGUCGCUCAGCAGCUCCCUGGACUGCUCCUCCGUCACCUACUUCCCCGAGGUGUCGGACGUGGAGCCGCCGCUGCUGGAGAUCGGCUGGCCCGCCUUCACCGCGGGCUCCUACCGGGGAGUCACACGGGCUGUGGCGCACUUCCAGCCCAGCUACGGGGAGUGCAUCUACAGCUGCAAGGAGGCUGCGAGGCGCAUGAUUAAAAGUGCCACAGAGGUGAUUGCCAUAGUUACAGACUCCCUGACAGACCUGGAUAUCUUCAGAGAUCUUCAGGAGGCGUGUUCCCAACGCAGAGUCCCCGUCUACAUCCUCUUGGACCAAUUAUGUGCUCCUGCUUUCCUCAAGAUGCUCAGAAAUGUCGGUGUUCACCUGGACGACCUUCGGCAAAUGAGAGUUCGAACCAUAACCGGUACGACUUAUUACAUGAGAUCAGGAGCGAGGAUAACUGGGGAAGUUCACGAGAGGUUCAUGCUGAUUGAUGGAAACAGAGCCGCUACAGGUUCUUACAGGUUCAACUGGACUGAUGGCAAACUAAACAGCAGCAAUCUGAUAGAACUUUCUGGCCAGAUAACAGAGAAGUUUGAUGAGGAGUUCCGCAUCCUCUAUGCCCAGUCUCUACCUAUAAACACUCGAGGACCUCCAAGUGUCCGAAACAGCGGCAUCUAUGAGAAGCUCCUCAUCAAGCACUUGGUCACCUCCUCCCCUCACUUGGCCAGAAAGAGGCUUGUGGAUCCAGUGUGCCUGACCAGCACGCCCAGCCGCGAGCCCCAAACCUUAGUGGUGCAGCAGCCCACACUUGAUCCUUCAACUCCUGAUCGCCGUAAAUCCAGCCCAGCAUCUGACUCCUCCACUAUAGGUGAGGACUGGAUGGGGCAGCGUCACAUGGAGGAAGAGGAGAUCCUGGCUGGUAGCACGACUCAGCCUUUCCCAGCAGAGCAGCUGCCAGGGAAAGAACCAGCGAUACCCAGCACCGUCUCCUGCCAUGCCUCCACUCAGACCAGCAGGUCAGUGACGGAGAGUGACACCCAGACGGACCUCCAGCUCACACGACACCCCGGCAUCAUCACACAGGCAAGCACAGGACAGAACCAGGCCGCCUCUCUAACCUUUUCGCAGUCCAGACAGAUCUCGCCCACCCAGGCAGCUCCAGACGACACCUUGAAGGACUCUUUCCACAAGCUGACCAAGGAGCGCCAGCACCACUACUCCACCAUCCGCUCCAGGCUGGAACACAUGAUGACCACACUGUCCCAGAGGCGAGAGCUAGCAGACGUCACAAACUUGACUCAGGGGCUUGGUGCUCACAACAGGCAGAGGGCACACAAAGACUGGGAGGAGCCACCAAACCCUAGACUGCUUGUUGAAAGUGCGGGCAAGGGCACGUGGCCAAGAGCCAGAUGUGUACACUAGUUUUCCUGCAGGGUUUUUGAUGAUGGGGGGGGGGGGGACAAAGAGCUCUUGCAAGGUUUCUAGUGGAUCUUCUGUUUCAUAUAAAUGCUUUUGGCUCACACUGCUCUUUUUCCAUUUGCCUUUAUGCUUUGCCCACUUUAGACGUUUUCAUGCUGUGUCCUGUCCAUGUCUAAUAAUUUUUUUUGGUGAAAUGCUAAUGCAUGGCUGAAACUGAUUUCCCAAAUAUUAAGUUUGACCAAAGACACUGUGCAAUAAUAUUUUUUGACCAUGUCAGUUUAAUGAAUAUCAUUUGCUGAAGAGGUUAAGACUGGACCAUUUUUACUGUAGUAUGAAUGAAAAUGCAUGUUUUGGUUAUUUCAAUCACAUUUGACUGCUGUAGCCACAUCUGAUCCUCAUUCCAGAGAGCAGCUGGCUCUCACUGUGCCUUGCUAAUAAAUGAAAAAAGUAUUUUUUUUUUUCUAAAUGAGGGGCUC